GGCGCCUUUGCUUUCCCUUUCGCUACUUUUUAUCGCUCCUCUCUCUCUUGCUUCACUGCGAGCGAGAAAAAUCCAUCGCGGAUGAGAUGAGUAGCUCUAGUUAGCUAUAGAUACAAUGAGAUCAUUUACCAGCUGCUGAGCUGUUGUGUGAUCCCUGAUCCCUGCUGUUGAUCAUAACUCCUCCACCAGACACCACAGCAGCCUGGUUUUCUUCUUUUUCCGUAACCUGUCUUCCCAGGAGUGCUCCAGACCCGAGGAGAGGGAUCAAAGCGCUCAUGGCCUCGGUCGACUGUUUCUCCAGCCAAAUCGAGCACAUCUACUCCAAGUCUGCAAAAUCCAAGCCCAGCGGAAAUCCGGUGCUCAAAAUCAGUUUUAUAACACUGUCUAUUGCUGUGGCUCUUGGAGUUUCGUAUAUAUCUCCACCUCCCGCAAAGAUAUGCGGGACACUGCAUGGCCCCGCUGUUACCACUUCUCGACUCCGCUUUCCAGAUGGUCGACCCGUUGCUUACGCUGAAAGAGGUGUCUCCAAGAACGAUGCAAAGCACAAGGUUGUUGUUGUUCACGAGUACGGAGGCACUCGCUUGGAUCUUUUCCCCUGCAACGAGGAAAUAUUGGAGGAGCUCGGUGUGUAUAUGGUGAGCUUCGAUCGAGCUGGAUACGGCGAAAGCCACCCCUUCCCGCACCGUUCUAUUGCGUCCGAGGUUCAAGACAUGGAGCACUUGGCAGAUGCACUUGAGCUUGGACCGAAGUUUUACGUGAUAGCCAUUGGUGUUGGUGCAUAUGCCGGCUGGGGUUGCAUUCAGUACAUUCCCAACAGGAUAGCAGGACUUGCGAUGAUUUCACCUGUUGCAAACUUCUGGUGGCCAGGCUUAGCUGCUACUUCUCAAGGGCUCGAGGCUUUGGAGGCGGCCGAUAGAUACACUCUCCAGGUAGCACAUUAUGCUCCUCGGUUCCUCUACCAUUACACAAGGCAAAAAUGGCUCCCUUCAUCAAACAUGGAGAAACUUAGUCAGGUUUCCGAGCUUGCGAUACAGCAGGGAAUACACGAAUCCAUUCACAGAGAUCUGAUGAUUCAAUUUGGAAGCUGGGAGUUCGAUCCAGCGGCACUCCAAAAUCCUUUUGCCGGUGAUGCGGUUCACGUAUGGCAGAGCAGCGAAGAUCCCUUCUUCCCAUCAAGCUGGAAGGCACGGCUGAAAGUUAAACUCCCAUGGGUUCAGUACCAUACAAUACCCGGGAAAGCUCGUGAUUCGUGGCUUCAAGUUGCUGGUUUGCCUGAAAAAAUGCUUGUUAGCCUACUACCUGGCAAUCAAACACAUGCCUGAAUCCUGUUGGUUGGGCAUCCUCAGAGCCGUGGUACAAAACUUUAUUUCAAUGUACCGUCCUGGUCGCAAACUCGUGGAUUUCAUAAAUCUGCUAUAGACAACACGUUAUUGUGAAAAAACUAGAAAAUUGUCUUA